GUGAGUGAGGAGCGGCUGGGUCUCUCGCUGCGCGUCGCUGCCGUGCUUUGCAGAGGGGGCUGAGAAGGUUCCUUCAGGGCCGCGAGCGCGCGUUACGGGGAAGGGGCAGAGGCAGACCCUGCCGCCGCCGCCUCCUUUGGGCUCCUCACCAACUGCCCUCCCGCCCUCACCAUGAUUAAAGCGAUCCUCAUUUUCAACAACCAUGGGAAGCCGCGGCUCUCCAAAUUCUACCAGCGCUACAGUGAAGAUACACAGCAACAAAUUAUCAGAGAAACAUUUCAUUUAGUGUCAAAACGUGAUGAAAAUGUUUGUAACUUCCUAGAAGGAGGCUUAUUAAUAGGUGGAUCUGACAACAAAUUGAUAUACCGACAUUAUGCCACGUUGUACUUUGUCUUCUGUGUUGAUUCUUCAGAAAGUGAACUUGGCAUUUUAGAUCUAAUACAAGUAUUCGUAGAAACGUUAGACAAGUGUUUUGAGAAUGUCUGUGAAUUGGAUUUAAUUUUCCAUGUAGACAAGGUCCAUAAUAUCCUCGCUGAAAUGGUGAUGGGUGGAAUGGUUUUGGAGACCAAUAUGAAUGAAAUUGUCACCCAAAUAGACGCUCAAAAUAAAUUAGAAAAAUCGGAGGCAGGUUUAGCAGGAGCCCCAGCCCGGGCUGUGUCAGCUGUAAAGAAUAUGAAUCUUCCAGAGAUCCCAAGAAAUAUUAAUAUUGGUGACAUCAGUAUAAAAGUGCCAAACCUGCCCUCUUUUAAAUAAAUUAUGCACUCCAGGUAAAAAUGAAAAAUAACUAGAAGUUUGUCACAUAAAUGUUUACCAAAUCAAUGUUUUGCUGUUUGAAUAAAAGGUCGAGGUACUCUAUAGAAAUCCUUUAUAAAACUAUGUGAAAUUGAUUGUGUUUUGCCUAGUGAAUUUAAAAUGAGUGGGUAAUUUGUGAUUUCUAAGUACAUUCCUAAGCAUAUCACGUCUAAAGCUAGCAUGCAGUUUUCUGGAAAAGUAAUUCAAAAAAAUUCUUUACUUUGUAUAAUAUGUUAUCUGUAUAGACUAAGCUCUGUAAUUAAUGCAGCAUCCUGAUCAUAUUCCUUCAGGUUAUUUAAAAACCUGGUAGAUACAUGUAUAUAUUGCAUGACAGCAUUCAACUGUACUUUCUCUUGCAUUUUAAAUAAAGUUGUAAUGAACUGCA